AUGUCGAAGAUAUUUGGGUUACACACAGGGUUUGACACAGAUUUUGCCAGAGAAAGGUAUGUCUACAGCCUUUAUUGGUCUACACUGACCUUGACAACCAUUGGUGAGACUCCACCUCCUGUGCUGGAUUCCGAGUACGUCUUUGUGGUGGUUGACUUCUUAAUUGGAGUCUUAAUCUUUGCCACCAUCGUCGGUAACAUAGGUUCCAUGAUUUCCAAUAUGAAUGCAGCCCGGGCAGAAUUCCAAGCAAGAGUCGAUGCUAUCAAACAAUACAUGAAUUUCCGAAAUGUGAGCAAAGAUAUGGAAAAGAGGGUUAUUAAAUGGUUUGACUACCUGUGGACCAACAAAAAAACAGUGGAUGAGAAAGAAGUCUUGAGAUACCUACCUGACAAACUAAGGGCAGAAAUCGUCAUCAACGUCCACUUAGACACUAAAAAGGUUCGAAUCUUUGCCGACUGUGAAGCUGGUCUACUGGUGGAGCUGGUGUUGAAACUCCAGCCCCAGGUGUACAGUCCUGGGGAUUACAUAUGUAAGAAAGGGGAUAUUGGGCGAGAGAUGUACAUCAUCAAAGAAGGCAAACUUGCUGUGGUGGCUGAUGAUGGAAUCACACAGUUUGUGGUGUUGAGUGACUGCAGCUACUUCGGCGAGAUCAGCAUCCUGAAUAUCAAAGGCAGCAAGGCUGGGAACCGAAGAACAGCCAACAUUAAAAGCAUUGGGUACUCUGACCUGUUCUGCCUCUCAAAGGAUGACCUCAUGGAAGCUCUUACGGAGUACCCGGAUGCCAAAACUAUGCUGGAGGAGAAAGGGAGGCAGAUCUUAAUGAAAGACGGUCUACUGGAUAUAAACAUUGCGAAUCUGGGCAGUGACCCUAAAGACCUGGAAGAGAAGGUCACGCGAAGGGAGGGGUCCGUUGACCUCCUGCAAACACGAUUUGCCCGCAUCUCGGCUGAAUACGAGUCCAUGCAGCAGAAACUCAAGCAAAGGCUAACCAAGGUCGAGAAGUUUCUGAAACCACUUAUCGAAACAGAAUUUUCAGCUCUUGAGGAACUCGGAGGAGAAAGCGAGCCCGCAGAGUGA